CGCGCGCCCACGAUCCAUUCAACGUUGCCGUCCGCAACCUAUAUAUCCCUGCAUUUUCACCUGCCCGAGUGCCCAACCCACGUUAGCUCCCGGUCAGCGCGCGCAUCACCUCGCCCGCGACUACGUGCAACACAGCAAAUCGGACACGUCUUCCGCCGUGCGCACGCAGGGAUGGUCACGCCGCUGUCUCGCCCUCGCGCUCGCGCAGCACGAAGCGCGGCGCGGGUGGCGGUGCCCGAGAUACCGCUUGCCGCGAGGCGGCAGCCGCCCGCGCCUGUGGGCGCGGAGCCUGCCGUGCCGAGCUACUUCCUGUGCCCGAUCUCGCUCGACAUGAUGCAGGACCCCGUCACGGCGCCGACGGGGAUCACGUAUGACCGGGACAGCGUGGAGGGGUGGCUGGAGCGGGGACACGCCACGUGCCCCGUGACCGGCCGGCCGCUGCGCCUCGAGGAGCUCAUCCCGAACCACGCCACGCGGAGGAUGAUCCAGGAGUGGUGCGUCGCCAACGGCGCCCUCGGGGUGGAGCGCGUGCCCACGCCCCGCGUCCCCGUCUCCGCCACCGAAGCGUCCGAGCUCCUGGCGGCCGUGGCCUCCGCCGCGAGGCGAGGGGAUGGGCCGGCGUGCCGGCAGCUGGCGGCCAGGGCCAGGGCGCUUGGCAAGGAGAGCGAGCGCAACCGCCGGUGCUUUGCCGCCGGGGGAGCCGCCCGUGCGCUUUCGUCUGCGUUCUCUCACCUCGUUGACCAGCCGGCAGUGACGGCGUUGACUGCGUCCGGCGCGCUGGAGGAGAUUCUGACCGCGUUGGUCGUGUUCUUCCCGCUCGACGAGGAGUCUAGGCGCCACAUUGCCUCCCCGGCGUCGCUGAACGCCGUCGUAUCGAUCCUAUCCCACGGCGAGGUGACCGCGCGGGCCAGCGCCGUCGUCGUGCUCCGCGAGAUCGCCUCGUCAUCCGACAGCCAAUGCCUCGAUGCGAUGUCCAAGACCAAUGGCAUAUACGACACGCUUAUCAAGCUCUUGGAGAAGCCCGUGUCGCCGCAGGCCACCAAGGCCGCUUUGGUCACCGCCUACUAUCUCGUCACAAACACCGACCGCGCGGCCUCGCGCCUGAUCGACCUCGGCAUGGUGCAGCUCCUCGUCGAGCUCCUAGUCGACUCCGACAAGGGCACGACGGAGAAGGCGCUCGCGGUGCUGGAUAGCUUGCUCCUCACGGACGAAGGCCGCGGCAAGGCGUACGUGCACGCAUUGACCGUGCCGGUGCUCGUGAAGAAGAUGCAGCACGUGUCCGACAUGGCGACCGAGUUCGCCGUGUCGGCGCUGUGGCGGCUGUGCAAGAACUUCCCCGAAGAGGGACGGUGCAAGGCCGAGGCGCUGCAGGUGGGCGCGUUCCAGAAGCUGCUUCUGCUCCUGCAGGUCGGGUGCAUGGGCGUGACCAAAGAGAGGGCCAGCGAGCUCCUCCGGCUUCUGAACGGAUCAAGAGGCAGCGACGAGUGCAUCGAGACGGUGGAUUUCAAGGGGCUCAAGAGACCCUUUUGAGUGUGCAGAGACUAGGUUAAGAACUAAGAUGUGCAUACAGUAAUACAAGAUGGAAGAUGCAGAUACAAUUAGGUUUAAUUAGGAUCUCUUCUUGGUUUUCUUCUGGGAAUGAAUUACACCUUAAUUA